AUGUUGAAGAAUAUGGAUAAUGAAGUUGAUGAUUCGAUACAUAUAUUUACCGGUCAUACAGGCGAAGUAUAUGCUGCUGCCUGUAGUCCUACAGAUGCUGCAUUAGUGGCAACUGGAGGUGGAGACGAUAAAGGAUUCAUAUGGAAGAUUAAUAACGGAGAUUCGCCUUUUGAGUUGCACGGUCACGAAGACUCUGUAUCUAGUCUUUCCUUUAGCCCGAACGGAAAUUUUCUUGCAUCGGGUAGUUUGGAUGGAACAGUUAAAGUAUGGGAUAUAGCUAACGGAGAAUUAAAAUGUACUCUCGAAUAUCCAAACGGUGGCAUUGCGUGGGUGAGGUGGCAUCCGAACGGAGGUUUCGUCUUGGCUGGUUCGGAGGACAAUUCUUCAGUUUGCAUGUGGAAUCCCGACAUGGCUUCUUACAUGCAUGUUUUCUCAGGUCACGCGAGUAGUGUAACUUGUGGCGAUUUUACCCCUGACGGUCGAAGAAUUUGUACCGGUUCUGACGAUGCAACUCUGAGGAUUUGGGACCUGGAAACUUCUAAAGUUAACGUUGUUGCCGGUAUGCUUUCGAUUUUUCUUUUUUCGUCAUUUUUAUCAUCGAGAAGGACUGACGUGCUUGACUAUUUAGCUCCGACUCUAGUCUUGCGCUGA